AUGCACCUCACGCGAUGGGCAAGCUUGGUCUUCGUGGUCUGCACGGCUUGGGGCGAGUCCUGCGACUUUGAGGAACCCCUUGCGAGACUACACGGUGGUGGAGGUGCUGUAUUGCUCCGGCGACAUCUUCUUGGGCGACGUCACGCAGUCCUGGGCCUCCGGCCGUGGCCCAGCGCAACAGCUGCGCCAGGCGGGCGCGGUGAAUCUGCGCGCGGUGCUGCAGUGGGUACAGAAGAACUUCAAGAGCGUGACGUCAUGAUGGGAAGUUCCGCAGGUGCCUUGGCCGCUCAAGUUUAUUCGCCCACCAUUCUGGAGCUCAUCCCCCACCAGAAUGCAGCGGUGAUCUCUGAUUCCUAUGCGGGCGUUUUUCCCUCCAACACGGAGGGGGCAGUGCUUCAGAGGUGGAAGGCCUGCAGCUUGAACAUUUUUUCACCCGAGCAGCAGCGGGCCUGUCAAGAGAGCCGAAUCGGUCUACCAGACGUGGUGGCCAAGAUCAUCCAAGAGCAUCCCACAGUGGCAUAUGGCUUCAUCCAAAGCAAGGCGGACUCCUUUCAGCGUUUGUUCUACGAACUGGUGGCCUUCACGAUCCAGAGGAGCUUUUCCAAGUUGUCUGGGCCCUUGUUUUACAAGCUCAGCAACCGGAUUUUUAAGGAGUACAACAAGCACAAGAACUUUCUGCUAUUUCUGGUGGAUGGUGACAACCACGAAUUCAAUUCUCAGAGGAUUUGGAACAAGGCAGGGAUCAAAGGUGCAGUCGACGGUUCUCCACGCGGCGUUCUGAGUUUGCAGGGCUGGGUGCGCAAGGUCCUCGCCCGGAGCUGUACCAGGUCCUUGGGCCGAGGGAGGCUCACGAAGCGCUUGGAUUCCACCAAGCUCAACUACCGCUACAACCGCGUCUUUCCCAAGGAACUGUGCUUUGGCACCGCCGUGAUGCGCAGCCUGGGCUAUCCGCAGGCUCAGUACAUUGAGGAAGGACCAAACCAGUGGGACCAGGCGCGGGGGGCGAGUGGCCAUGGCGAUGGCACGCGGGUUCCGGACGAGACCGGAGGGCUACUGGCACGGCCUCAGGAGAUUGCCCUCACUUCGGAGGCUUGUGGUGACACCAUGAGCUCCAGGUCUUUCCAGCCCAAACUGGACGUCCCCGGUCGACUUCUGUCACUGAACUUGGUCCUGCAACCCUUCCUGCCCUAUUCAGCCUCUUGGGCCCACGGCCCGGGCUCCACAAAGAUGGAGCUGUUCCGCCGGCGAAAGGUGGGUGAGCACUUUGCUCGCAUCACCGUGCCCUUGUACGAGGUGCAGUCGCCCAUGGCCUCUUGGCCGUGGCUAAGAUGGCCAACGAGGAGAAGUCAAGUGCACGCGGCCUUGGAAAGAAGGCCGGGCUUAGGGUGGAUGGUGCUGUCGUUGCUGGAGGAGCCCGCAGGCGCCGCAGCUCCAACGCUGCGCACGGAUGACAUCGUGGCGGCCGAGCGAGGCUCGUCCGUGAGAGACGCGCGAAGCACGGUGCCCUGGCCGGAGGCUUGCCCCCUACGACGCGCCUGACCAGCUCCUGAGAGCGGUCCGCUGGAAGCUACACAUGCGUGACAUGCUCCUGACGCAGCGCAG